AUUAAUUGUUUUUUUUUAUACCUAUUUUUAAGUACUUAAUUUUUAAAAAUGCAAGAUUUUAUGGACCCACCCCAGCCCAAACGGAAGGAGGUGGCGUGCAACAAAAGGAUUUUUUUCAGGUGAGGAAUUUAAUGUACGGAGUCCCAAUACUUUAUAUCAUCAUCCUUUACUUCUCGGAAUACCUAAUUUUAUUUCAUUUUUCUUCUUCGUCUUCACGUCUUUGAUCAAAGUCCGAGUCCCGCCAUGGCGAAGAGUUCAUUCAAGCUGGAAAAUUCUUUCGAGAGGAGGCUGGCAGAAUCGACUCGCAUCAGGGAGAAGUAUCCUGAUAGAAUCCCAGUGAUUGUUGAGAAAGCUGAAAGGAGUGACAUUCCUGAUAUUGAUAAGAAAAAAUACCUUGUCCCAGCUGACCUCACUAUAGGGCAGUUUGUCUAUGUGGUCCGAAAGAGGAUCAAGCUUGGUGCCGAGAAGGCUAUAUUUGUCUUUGUCAAAAACAUGCUGCCACCAACAGCUGCAAUGCUGUCUGCAAUUUAUGAGGAGAACAAGGAUGAAGAUGGGUUCCUUUACAUGACUUAUAGUGGGGAGAACACAUUUGGGGUGUGCAUUUAGUUGGAGAUGGAUUGGAAAUUUCUUAAUAUGUACAUCCUUUGAUUUCACCCUGCUAGACAAAAGCAAGUUUCUUCGGGAACAACAUUUGCAAUUAGUGUUAGAGAUCGGAUUCUUUUUUAAUGGUGAAGAUUAAUUUUUAAACGUUAAUGUUAAAGAUUAUUGUUGGAUAAGUUUUCUGAAGUGUUAAAAAGUUAAUGCCAAACACAACCUUGAUUUGUUGUGAAUGGUUUUGGGCCAUUUACUACUCAUGUCCUGAAUAAUUAAUUGUAAUACUU